ACUCUUGGUCGUCCCCGACACGGGAAGUUGCAGACGGUAUGCGAGAAAUGAUGUUCUGCGGCGCGGGCAGCUUCAAGGACGUGGACAAGGAUCAAGGAGCGGCCGGCGGCGGCGACGGGAAGCCGGCCAAGGCGAAGAAGGCGAAGGGGAAGCAGGGGAAGAGCAGCAACCCCUACGCGUCGCGGGGGCUGGACAAGUUCUCCGUCGUGCUGUCGGAGCUGGAGUCCAAGCGGGAGAGGAUCCUGCGGCGCGUCGGCUCGGACGUCGACGCCGACCACCUCAUGGUCCGGUUCGUACAGUCGGAGGCCAAAGGAUGGGUGCCCAUCGUCGUCAAGCUCCCGCACGAGGAGGAGGAGCAGGCGGCAAGCGGCGCCAAGAAGAGGCAGGGCAGGCCGGCCAGCAAGCCGACCUCGCAGUCGUCGACGCCGCCCACGGAGCCCGCCAGCCCCAAAGAAGACCCAGCUAAGCUCACGCGCGUUGCCGCGGCGGUGCCACCCGCGAAGAAGAGUAACGCCGGCGGCGGCGCGAGGUGGGCCUGGGCCUGGGGAAGGACGAAGGUGAUGAGGCCGUGCCAUUACUGGCCGCUGGCCAUGGCGCUGCUGCUGCUGUGCCUCGUGGCGUUCGGGAGGGUGUUCGCCAUCUGCUGCACGUCCAUCUGGUGGUACCUCUUGCCGAUCUUGAGCGGGGAAGAGGAAGCCCUGGGCGCGGGGAGACCACCGGCGACGAAGCCCCGCAAGGACGUUGGCUUCAAGGCCGGCGACAGACUAGCGCUGGCGCCGCCUCCUUCGCAUUCGCAUGGCAAGAGGAGUAGCAGCGCCGGCGCCGCUCGUGAGAUGGUUUCACCCAGAAGCCAUGCGCAUCGAAAGAAGUGGUAACUUCCAGGAUGUCUCGUGUUGUAGUCUGUAGACUUUGUGUAGUUGGGUGGCCAGAAAGAUCAAUUUUUUCAGGUUAUCUUUCAUCCCUUUGUUACAGUUUAUUUACUCUUUUUGGUGCCUGUAAAAAGUGUAUAGCAGCAGCCCCUUUUGUGUGUGGCUACCCCAAAUUGUUUAUAAAAUCAUUCGGAAUAAAUAUCAAAUAACUCC